CUCAAUUCCUAUUUCACCUCUCUCUCUCUGUCUCUCUCUCUCUCUCUCUCUAGCUCUCUGUUAGCUGUCGAUCUCUGUCUCCGGCGCGAUUUCGGUGGUAUUGGAUAAGCUGUUCUUGAGGAUACUUUUUGUUGAAGGCUUUGGUUCAUCUCGUUUUCUCUCGUUCUAUAUAAAUCCAAUAGGAAGUGGAAGCAAAGGGCAGUCGUGGCUUUUUUAAGGCCAGAACAGCAUGCGGUGGCCGAGUCUCUCUGUUGAUGUGUUUCGCAGAGUUGUUUCUUUAAACCUGUAUUGUAGAGUAAUCCUGUAAUUCCCCUUUCAUAUUUUUUCUUUUUCAAUCUCUCAGCCAUAACCCUGCUCUUCUUCCAGCUUUGCAUCAAACCUACCCUGUCCAUGGGAUCCAAUCUCUUUGUAGUCCUUCCAUGUUAUGUUCGUAGGAUUAUCUGAGCUAUCCAAACAGGUCUACUCCUUUCUCAAGCUUAAACUAGCAAUUGAUCUUGUAUUGGUCUCUUUCUGAGUCGAGUUUUUUGGGUGUCAUUUUGUUUAUUGGGGAGAUUUGUAUAUUUUAAACCAAAGGUUUGGGAAGUAGUUAUGGUGUGCCAAGCAGCGACCCAAACAAGAUUCCGGGCAUUGAAACACGAGAAUGGAAUUGCUGGGAGUGCUACCAUCAUAGUUAGAGUCAUAGCAUGCUUUCAACCUUUGCAGGAUUGCCAGGCUGAAUACUUUCGUCAUUUGCUUAAACCCGUUACGUAGAUAGUUUCUGCAUAUUUCUGUUGAAGUUAAGCUGGAGUUUUUAGUUUUGUUGAUUGUUCCUGAAAGAGAGGUAGUAAUCUGCAACGGACAUUGCAAACAUUGUGUGGUAUGUAUCACUGAUCUAGGUUGUGAUUUUAAUGAAAAUCCAUUUCUUUCCUAUUGAUCAAUCUGACAUGUUUGUAAAUGAUUUUUGGUUCUGUUCACAAAUUCUUAGGUGAUUGUUUUGGUUGGAUGGAAAAGGACCGUGGAUCCUGGUUUCCUCAGCACCAUAUUGAAUGGCAGUCACCCAAGUUGAAUUCCUUGAGUGAUCUCCUUGAUCUGAGGCCUCCAAAUAGCAUCUCCAUGUGCAUGAACUCUCACGCCAAUGUGGUUUCUAGAAAUGGUAAUUUACUGGUUGAUGCAUUUUCUGAGCCCCCUCGUAUGUGGCCAGGUCAAGUAAAUGAACCUCAAGGUUGGUUCCAUUGCCUACCUUGCUCCCGCCAGGCCUCUGUGCUUGCGCAGAAUUCUGUUAUCCAAGAGAAAUUUUCUACUAGCUCCCCCAAAGAUUUGAGGGAGGCCAUGGCACCCAAUGCAAGCUCUAAACCUGCACAGAAGAGAUUCCUUGUUUUUGAUCAGUCUGGGGAUCAAACAACGUUAAUUUUCAGUUCUGUGAUUGGAGCCCCUGUCCAGCCCCCUACUUCUUGUGGCCCAAAACCUUCUGCAUAUAACUGGACUGGGGAAGAACCAGAAACUAAAAGGGAUCCAAUUUAUCACUCCGGACCAAUUGUGACAGAUGAAUUCAAUGAGCCUCACGGAGCUGAUGCAGGAAGUGAGCUGCAUGAAGACACUGAAGAAUUGAAUGCCUUGCUUUACUCUGAUGAUGAUGGUGAUGAUACCGAGGAUAAUGAAGAAACUAGCACAGGUCAUUCACCAAGUAUAAUGGCAGCUCACAAUAAUCAGGAAUGGCUUGGUGACAACAUAGAAGAAGUUGCUAGUUCUGAUGAAGUGAUAAAAAGGCAAAAACUAGGCUAUGGGAGCUACAAUGUACCAUCCCUCAUUGACACAGCAAGUUCUGUGAAUCAGAACAGAUUUCUCCACUUGGACAAUGAUGCAGAAUCUGAUGCUGAAUCUAGUUGUGCCAAUUGCUUGAAAACCCAGUUUGAGGGGAGGGGUUUUCUAUCAGGCAGCAAGAGGACGAGGAAGGAGAAAAUUCGCGAGACAGUAAGCAUCCUGCAGAGCAUAGUCCCGGGUGGGAAGGGCAAGGAUGCAAUUGUGGUUCUUGAUGAAUCCAUCCAUUAUUUGAAAUCUCUGAAGCUUAAAGCCAAAGCCUUGGGGAUCGACACACUCUGAACUCAAGGUUUAGACCUAGGAACUGGCAUUGUCAAAUUGCUGAUUUGAAGUUGAUAAAUAAGUUUGUGUGGAAUAAAGUUCAUGACUGUAUGUAUGGGGGGAUUGAUGCGUGGAUAAGGAAUUUUCAUUUGCUCAGCAUGUAUGUGCAAAGUGGAAACAGACUGGAAAUUGUUGGAUGGAAAGCUCAAAGCCUGAAAGUUGAAACCCUCUCUUGAAGGGAUGUGAUAUUCUCGAACGACAUGAGUUGUAAGCCAGUAGCUUUGGAUUGUGAAAUUUGUUGUGGCCCGUGGUAAGGUGGGGUAGGGUGGCGUCCAGCAAAUUAUGCCCCAAUAAAGGAUGGAGAAUCAUUGGCCUAUAUCUUAGGGUUUGGAGAAAGCAAGCACCUCACCUCGCUCCUGGGCUGAAGGUGGCUGUGGGAUGAUGACUGUUAUUAUCUUGGCGAGGGACAGGGGCCCAGAAGGGAGAAGCAGAGCGCACGCUUGUAGGGGGGUUGGGACCCAACUUCGCUUUCUCUCACUUUUUGUUUUUCUCUUCAAAUCCUUUUAAUCCUCCUUGGGGUGGUGCCAUAUUUUUUUUUUUCUUGAUGUAAGAAGUGGCACCACCACAGCAGCUCUUCCCUUUUUCGCAUCAUGCAGUGAAGUGGCUGUGAAAAGGCCUCAAAAAGAUAUAUCAUUUAAUGGUGUGUAAUUUGAGAUUGAGGGGAGGGGUUUGGGAUUGAAUUUCAUAUUUUUUUGAAAAUUAAAAUGCCAUUUGUUAUAUUGUUGGGUUUAUUGGUGGGUGGGUGUUGUUGUCCUUGUACCAAUGUACUUGCGUUGAAUGCACGCAUUUAUGAUAUGAUAUGAUAUGAGAGGAGCGAUGUGUUGUGGUUC